UCAGCCUCGCUCUAUUGUGUGUAGACAUUCCACCAGCUUUGCCAUGACCACCAGCCAUCUUCCAAGUAGUUCUUUGGGGCCGCCAUUAGGGCAGGUGCUGUGUGAAUCCAAGACAGGGUUGACUUCACCCAAGGAGCUCUUCCCACGCUGAAGGCCACGAGUCUGGGCCAGGAGUGGUUGAGUGGUCCGUUCCUUCCGGCCUGCCCUCAUGAACCAGGGCCAGACCCGUCUCCUAGCAACACAGAAGGAGAACCCACUGAUGUCGACAUCUCCCUGCUGUGGCACGACUUGAACAAUGGGGAACAGAUGCCAAGGACCAUAGCUGGGAAUGGAGACCCAGCCAGGGCUGCUCCUGCCAAUCGUGGUCUUGUUGCAGUUGUGGGGGACACAGGGCUACAAUCCAGAGACCUGCGGGAAGCGGCCCUUGGCGCCCAAGCAUGGCAGAAAUGUGCGGAUUGUGGGUGGCGUCGACGCCAUGCCAGGAAUGUGGCCUUGGCUUGUCAGCAUCCAGAUCCCCUCUUCCAAGGGACCUCGGCACUCGUGUGGGGGAUCCCUCCUGGCCGAGCAUUGGGUCCUCACCGCGGCUCAUUGCUUCAAGACAAAGAAGAGCUCGUUGCAUCUUUGGCGGAUUGUGGUGGGAGCCACCGAUCUCUCCAAGCUGCCAGAUGACGUGCAGACACACACCGUGAGCAAAGUGGUCCUCCAUCAAGAUUAUAAUCCCCUCACGGAGGAAAACGACAUCGCGCUGAUCAAGCUGGACAGCCCAGUGACGUUCAAUGACUACGUGCAACCGGCCUGCUUGCCUCGGGUCACCAUGGGCUCCGAAACCAACUUCACCAGCUGCUUUGCUACAGGCUGGGGAAUCACGGCUGAAAACAGUGUGAGGACCUCCGAUGUCUUGCAGGAAGCCAAACUGAACAUCUUGGACACCCAGAAAUGCAACAGCAGCGAUUGGUACAAUGGGGCGAUGAGCCCCCACACCUUGUGUGCUGGCUAUGAGGAAGGAGGGAUCGAUACUUGCCAGGGGGACAGUGGAGGUCCGUUGAUGUGCAAGACGUCCCCCACCUCUCUCUUCUACAUUUUGGGGAUCACCAGCUGGGGCAAGGGCUGCGGUGAAGCCAACAGCCCGGGAAUUUACACUUCUGUCCAGCAAUUCCUGGAGUGGAUCCUGGGUGAAAUGAUUGAAAUUGAUGAAGGAACAGCCCCAAGGGAGGAACAUCUAAAGCACAGACCGAAGAGCUCCGUGACCCUCCUUCCUAUCAAGAUGGGGACUGCACAACCCGUAGAAGAUCUGGAAGGAAACUUCAUAGACAGCUCUCUGGAACCCUUCCCCAACGAGGACGAGGAUCAGCAAGAGGAGGCCACUUCGAAGACUCUGUUGAGAGAAACGGAGCCUACCAUUGCUCUUCAAGAUCCCUUCAUUCCUUCGGGGUUCUUACCUCCAUCUCUAGAACCUCCCUAUAUCCCUCUGGAGCGACUGGUCACCUUGGAACCACCCUUCUAUCCUAAAGAACUCUCUCCGACAUCAUUGCCUCUUCCGUAUAUCCCUAGAGAAAUCCCCCCGACAUCUCUGAAGCCCCCCUUCGUUCCUCCUGAAGUCAAGAUCAGUCUGGAACCUCCAUACAUUCCUGAACAGCAGCCUUAUAUCACUCCGGAGCCCCCCGUCCUCCCCACGCAGCCCAGAUAUGUCUCCACCCUAUCAGCUGACAAGACAGAGUCCCAUCUCUUUCUAUUUCCACGGGCCUCUCCUAGAAGUGCUCUAGAACCUCCCCAUAUUCACUCACAAACCCCCCACUCAAUUGAGGAACCCUACAUCCCUCUAGAUCCCCCUUACACUCCUCCAAGUCCCCCACGCACUCCUCCAGAUCACCCAGACACUUCUCUAGAGCCCCCCCACACUCCUCCGGAUCUUCCCUACACUCCUCCAGGCCUUCGGUUUAUCCCCCCAGCAUCAACAGUCCCUCUGGAGCGCCCCUACAUUCCUCCUGAGACACAUCACCACAUCGAGCGCCCUUAUACACCUCCAGAAGACCUAUACGUUCCUCCAGAGCCCCCCUUUGUUCCUCCAGAGAGCCAUAUGUCAUUGGAGCAUCCCUACACCCCCAAGCAGCCUCCAUACACUCCUCUACAGCCCCCCUUCAUUCCUGAAGAGGAAACCGCUCUCCUGGAGCAACCGUAUCUUCCUCCAGCAAGACCUCAAGGCCCUCCAAAACCCCUCCUGACUCCCACAUGGUUUCCACACAACUCUGUGAAGAGAGAAGCACCUCUGGAGCCCAUGGAUGUUCCUCCAGAGAAGGUUGGCUUUCUAGAGCCCUUCUACUCCCACCGAAGGAAAACUCACUCCCUGGAGCCACCAAAGAUGCCCCCGAGGGAUGUCCCUCAGCAGCUCUUAGCUGGUCCUCCAGCUGACCCACAAAAGGAGGAAGUGCCCUUGGACCUGAAGGCCCCAUAUCUCACCCCAGAGAUAUUUGAGCUCCAACAGCAGCAAGAAACUCCUCCAGACAAACUCUGAAAUCCUCGCAUCUUCUCAAGAUGUGAUGAAUGAGCACUAGGUGGAGCACACGGCCUCUCUACUGGAAACCUUGGAGAUCCACUGGGAGCCGAAGGACCUAUGACGGCACUCAAACAAUCAAUGGGUUGAUUGAGAAAGGAGCCGCCAACUUUGGUGCAGCCUGUUGGGGCCCCUUCAAAUAACCCCAUCACGGUGCCAGCAAGCGAAAAAGCCAGCUACAACCAUCGCUGCUUCCGUUUGGGCAAGCCGCCUCUGUUUCUCCUAAUGGACUUUGUUAUUAUUAUUAUUAUUUUUUAAAAGGAUGCUAUUUAAGCUGCCCUGGGAAACCUUUGAAAGGGGAAGUAUAUAAAGCAACAAAUCUAA